AUGUGUUCGCAAUGGUUGAUUGUAUUCAUGUUAUUUCCAUUCUUACAAGUGGAUCUUACUCCUGUUGUUGGUCUUGAUGGAUAUGUUAAAGGUGCUGAGCACCAAAUAGAUCGAUUUGGAAUUGACAAAUCUUAUGUUUAUAGAGUGACGAGUAAAUAUGCAGGUAUGAAUCUUACAUUAAGUAUCACCUUCAAUGAAGGGAACGAACCUGGCAUCAAGUUGGAUAGUAUUGGUCGCUACUCCAAUCUAGAUAUGCACUUAGUUCGUUUAAGUGACAACAAAUACAGCAUACAACAUACUGAUUUCGGUAAAACAACUGCACUUUAUGUCAUUAAGGAUAAAAUGAAGAAUAAACUACGCUUCACUAAACCGGCUAACGUCUCAGAGCAAUAUUGGCAUUUAACGCAUUUAUCUGAUGGAUCAUUUAGAAUAACAAACGAUUUUUCAGGUCCUAACAUGGCUUUAGACGUUCCAGCUAAUGCGGCCUUGUUCAGCAAACCCAUAAUGUCAAAAAUCGCUGCCAAUCAUCUUGGACAACACUGGAUCUUAACGAAAUAUGAAAAGUACGACAGCAAUGCUUGGUAGUUCGACUGAAAUCUUCAGCUUCGAUCUUGCUUAUUAAAGUUUCUAAAUAUUAUUUCAUAAUCAAGCGUUAAUUGUUUUGUGUGUUACUUAAAAAUAGCAUAUACUUAAUAUCUAUGUUCUUCUUCAAUCUGUUUGUUUGUCUAUUACUCUUACAAAUAAAAAAUUAGAUCUUAAUUCAAUAACAAGAAUUUUUCCAACGUGUUUAUACUUGUUUUAUUCGAUUCUUAGCGUUGGAAUUGUUAACUGAUAUGAUAUGCAAUAAUAUUCUUUCAAUACUGUAUGUCUCUUCAUAUUUUCUUAUUCAAAUGAAUUUUUCAGUCGAUUCAAAUAGAUAAAAACGUUUUCAGAGAAUGCAUCCUAUUCCGCGAUGUUGAACAUUGGAGGAAUCAGUUC